CUGCGGUCUCUGAGGAGCUACAGGACGAGUUCUUGUUUAUUGUUUGAACAGAGCCCGGUCACACACAUCCACGCAACUGAUACAUUGUAGUUGUGGCAACAAGUAAUGCACGCUUUCGCUGUUUCUUUAAACGCAACACUUUCAGCGCUGCACAAAGGAUAGGGGAUGCUGCGCGUCUCCAACUCGGCGCUACAGCGCUGCUAUGGAAUCUGCCAUUCAGCAGCCAGGGGUGCACGUCAGUUCCUGUUUGUGUUUCUGUGCCGAGAGAGGUAGGUCCUUUGUGGUUCACCAGCACUAGAAGUGGGGCCUUGCUUGCUGAGUCAGGGAAAAACAUUACAAAAAUAAUAGCCUCACGCGUCCGAGGAGCAACUGCAAACAUUCAAAAUACAAAGACAACAGCGCCUGGCAUCCCCGUCUGAGAGAACUCCUGCCCGGGCGGUGGAACGCGUUUGGGUGUAUGAAGCCGAGGGAUUGGAUACUGCCGUCAGUUGCACAAGGUCCCCCCCCCCUCCCCCGAGACUCUGUGGAAGGUCUCCUCCCCUCUCUCCGUGACGCUGUGGACGCGCUGACCAGUGCUUGACCACACAGAGGAGCAGACAGCGCACUCCGGCCGCAGCAUGAACGAAGUGACCGUGGUGCGGGAGGGCUGGCUUCACAAGAGAGGAGAGUACAUUAAAACAUGGAGACCCCGUUAUUUCAUCCUGAAGAGCGAUGGCUCCUUUAUCGGCUACAAAGAGAAACCAGAGACAUCCGACCACAUCCUGCCCCCUUUAAACAAUUUCACAGUAGGCGAAUGUCAGCUGAUGAAGACGGAGCGUCCAAGACCCAACACCUUUAUGAUCAGGUGUCUUCAGUGGACGACGGUCAUAGAGCGGACCUUUCAUGUGGACAGUCCAGAUGAGAGGGAGGAGUGGAUUCGUGCGAUCCAGACGGUGGCGAACAGCCUGAAGAACAGGGUGCCGGAUGAGGAGCCCAUGGACAUCAAGUUCGGCUCUCCCAGCGAGAACUGUGGCGCAGAGGAGAUGGAAGUGGCGAUCUCCAGGACAAGAUCGAAAGUGACCAUGAGUGACUUUGACUAUCUGAAGCUGCUUGGCAAGGGUACGUUUGGGAAGGUGAUUCUGGUGAAGGAGAAAGCCACCGGGAUGUACUACGCCAUGAAGAUUCUCAGGAAAGAGGUUAUCAUUGCCAAAGAUGAAGUCGCUCACACAGUCACUGAGAGCAGAGUGCUACAGAACACCAGGCAUCCCUUUCUAACCACACUAAAGUAUGCUUUCCAGACGCACGACCGGCUGUGCUUCGUGAUGGAGUACGCCAACGGAGGAGAGCUGUUUUUCCACCUGUCCCGGGACCGUGUGUUCACGGAGGAGCGAGCCCGGUUCUAUGGUGCUGAGAUCGUGUCUGCACUGGAGUACCUGCACUCCAGGAACGUGGUCUACAGGGACCUCAAGCUGGAGAACCUAAUGCUGGAUAAAGACGGCCACAUCAAGAUCACAGACUUCGGGCUUUGCAAGGAGGGCAUCACUGACGGGGCCACCAUGAAGACAUUCUGCGGGACCCCCGAAUACCUGGCACCUGAGGUGCUAGAGGACAAUGACUAUGGGCGGGCGGUGGAUUGGUGGGGGCUGGGCGUGGUCAUGUAUGAGAUGAUGUGCGGCCGGCUGCCCUUCUACAACCAGGACCACGAGCGCCUCUUUGAGCUCAUCCUGAUGGAGGAGAUUCGAUUCCCCCGCAACCUGUCCCCCGAGGCCAGGGCACUGCUGGCAGGACUGCUCAAGAAGGACCCCAAGCAGAGGUUGGGAGGUGGGCCGGACGAUGCUAAGGAUGUGAUGACCCACAAGUUCUUCACUGCCAUUGACUGGCAGGACGUACUGCAGAAGAAGCUUGUCCCCCCUUUCAAGCCCCAGGUAACGUCGGAGACCGAUACGAGAUACUUCGAUGAUGAAUUCACAGCGCAGACGAUUACAGUCACCCCCCCAGACAAAUAUGACAGCAUGGACUCUGAAGACCCCACUCAGAGGACACACUUCCCACAGUUCUCCUACUCUGCCAGUAUACGAGAGUAACCAGGCGGGGGAGAAACUCCACGAAGCAACAAGAACAGGAGACAAGACAAGACGCAUAGACUGGUCCGAUUCACAGGACAGCUUCGCCCCAUAGCCCUGCCUUAAUCGGAUACUACACUAAAAACAAACCCAAAAAAGAAAACAACACACACACACAGACACCCCAGAGACUGCAGGAAUCCUUUCAGAAACCCUACCUGAAAUCUUUUCUUCUUUCUUGUUCAAGAGGAAAAAUCUUUUUUUUUUUUUUAAUGUUUCUGAAUGUUACACCGUUUUAAGCCAUAGUCCUCGAUACAAGUGCUCUUUUUGGAAAGCAGCUGUUACCAGUGGUGUUGAACUGUUCCUACUGGGCACGCUCAGAGUGAUGUUGCAACGACGGGGGGGUUCUGUCUGCCCGCUUUUUUUUUUCCCCGCACGAGAGGUAAAAAUAAAUAAAUAAAUAAUGAAUGUGGAAUUAACAUCCCUUUUUAUUGAUUCCUGAUUUUUACUUGCGAUUCACAGUAAUAGUGCGAUUGCAAAGUGGCCUGUAGAGGGUGCAAAAGUUGAACAGAAAACUACAGAGUUGAAAAAGGUUUUAUCUUCUGUAACUUUGUUUUACUUUCUGUAAAAUAUCAGACCCCAUUUAGGCAAAAAAGACGAUCCCCUUUUUUACACUUCUUUCCUGCUCCUAUAAACGGACUUUGAUAUCAAUUAUAACCACCUGCUGUUGCAAGUCAGGUCAGGUCCUAGAGUGGUGGUUUCAAAAGGGGCUUGUGUCCCAGCUUCCACUGGGCAAUGUAAAACAACUGGACUGUCAAGAAGGUCUGACACAAGAACAUGCACAGAAGGUUAUGGAAGUAAAUGGACAGCAAAUUUUUUUUUUUUUUUAAUUGAAAAUUUAAAAGUUAGUAGAAUAAAGAGAAGUGGUCUGAUGUAAAUGAAUGUGACAGUUUGCAGUCACAAAUGUAUCUUUAUUGCAAGAGAUGUUAAUACAGUUCUUCUGUGUGGGGUUGGGUAGGGGGGAGGGGGGCAUUGUAAAGUACUCAAUCCACUAUGCUGUGGACACCCUUCUCAGAAGUUUAUUCAAGCUUUCUUUAAGUGCAUGACGGAUGCACAGGAGAUCAUGGGAGCCUCUGUUACAAGGCUCUGAUUUAAGAUAAAAAGCCUGUUUUAUGUGAUAGCCCAUUAUUACAUAUUAUUAUAUAGAAAUUCUGUUUCAGUAAAUAAUGAUGCUGACUGAACACGUUCCUAGAAAGUCUUGUCCAAUCUUUUGUGGUCUCUUUUAUUUUUUGUAAAGGGGUGAAGUUUGUGGCAAGAUCGUUUCAGAGCCUUGCUGUACUGUUUGCAGUAUAUAACUGGGCUGUGAUAAAUCACGGACCUGACCGAGGUUCUUCAUUGCAACCCUAUCAGUCCUGUUCAGUAUACAGAGUCGUGUCAGAUCAGCAGAGCUGCUGUGAUUGAGGGGGGGAGAUAUUGGUAUCCAAAGUCAGUAGAUGUGAGGUAUGACUGGCAGCCAUUUCAUUUGCUGUGAUUUUCCUAAGCUUGGAUAUCUCUGCCCCAGCUGUAUUUGGUCAGCUGACAGUCAGAAUGAAAAAAUAAAUUGAUAUGAUUGCAUUGAGUUGCAGUUUGCAGGUUUUCUGACUGUCCAUUAAAGAACCAGAGUUUUAAUGAUGUUAAAA